AUGGCCGCUAAGGCCGUGGAACAGCGACUAGGCAGCCUUACGGUCUUCACCCAAGACGAUUUCGAGGAUGACUGGCACCGAGUAGCCAGCGGUGGCUUUGGCCAGGUGUUCCUGGCCCGGCACAAGCGCUGGAGAACCCAGUAUGCCAUCAAGUGCUCCCCCUACCUCCAGCACGAUGCCAGCAGCUCUGAUGUGAAUUGCCUCAUUGAAGAAGCAGCCAAAAUGGAGAAGGUCAAGUUCCAACACAUCGUAUCCAUCUACGGAGUGUGCAGACAGCCCCUGGGCAUCGUCAUGGAGUUCAUGGCCAACGGCUCUCUGGAGAAGAUGCUGGCCACCCACUGCCUCGGCUGGCAGCUCAGGUUCCGCAUCAUCCACGAGACGAGCUUGGCCAUGAACUUCCUCCACAGCCUGCGGCCACUUCUGCUCCACCUGGACCUCAAGCCCGGCAACAUCCUACUGGACAACAACAUGCAUGUCAAGAUUUCCGACUUUGGCCUGUCCAAGUGGAUGGAGCAGUCGACCGGGAUGCAGUACAUCGAGAGGUCAGCUCUGCGGGGCACGCUCAGCUACAUCCCCCCUGAGAUGUUCUUGGACAGUAACAAGGCUCCGGGGCCCAAAUAUGAUGUGUACAGCUUUGGGAUUGUCGUCUGGGAGCUCCUCACUCAGAAGAAACCAUACGAGGGGCUCAACAUGAUGGCCGUCAUCAUCCGUGUGGCCACGGGCAUGCGGCCCACCCUGCAGCUUGCCUCUGACGAGUGGCCAGGCGAGGUGCAGCAGAUGGCGGACCUGAUGAGACGCUGCUGGGACCAGGACCCCAAGGAGAGGCCGUGCUUCCUAGAUAUCACCAUUGAGACGGAUAUGCUUCUGUCCCUGCUCCAGAGCCCGGUGGCAGACCCGGAGUGCGAGGCCCUGGCUCGGAAGGUGUCCUGCAAACCAUCGCUGCACCAGGCCAGAGAGGUCAGUGAAGAAGUCAACCAGGAGCUGACAGACAAUGACUCGGAAGACUCCUUGAAGCGGGUGCUGCAGUUCUCUGACAGCGAGAGCCUGGUCCCCAGCGAGGAGGAGCUGCCGGUCUAUGAGAACAAGGUGACUCCUCUCCACUUCCUGGUGGCCCAGGGCUGCGUGGAGCAGGUGAAGCGGCUGCUGGCCCACGAGCUGGACGUGGACUGCCAGACGGCCUCUGGCUACACCCCUCUCCUCAUCGCCGCCCAGGACCAGCAGGCUGACCUGUGCGCCCUGCUCCUGGCCCACGGCGCCGAUGCCAACCUGGCCGACGAGGACAACUGGGCCCCGCUGCACUUUGCAGCCCAGAAUGGAGACGACCGUACCGCCCGCCUGCUUCUGGAUGGCGGGGCCCUCGUGGAUGCCCAGGAGCACGAGGGCUGGACGCCACUCCACCUCGCCGUGCAGAACAACUCGGAGAGCGUGGCCCGCCUCCUCGUCUCCCGCCACGCUGACCCCAACAAGCACGAGGCGGAGGGCAAGACGCCCCUCCACGUGGCGGCCUACUUCGGCCAUGUGGGCCUCGUCAAGCUGCUGGCGGGCCAGGGGGCCGAGCUGGACGCUCGGCAGCGGAACCUGAGGACGCCGUUGCACCUGGCUGUGGAGCGAGGCAAAGUGAGGGCCAUCCAACUGCUGUUGAAAAGUGGGGCGGCCCUCGACGCCCUGGACCAGGGUGGCUACAGCCCCCUGCACGUGGCUGCCGCCAGGGGCAAAUACCUGAUCUGCAAGAUGCUGCUCAGAUACGGGGCGAACCUCGAGCUGCCCACCCAACAGGGCUGGACGCCCCUGCAUCUAGCAACCUACAAAGGCCACCUGGAGAUCAUCCACCUGCUGGCGGAGAAUCAGGCCGACGUGGGGGCUCUGGGAGGCAUGGACUGGACCCCUCUGCACCUCGCAGCCCGCCACAGGGAGGAGGUGGUGGUCUCGGCGCUGCUACGGGGUGGGGCUGACCCCAAUGCUGCCGAGCAGUCGGGCUGGACCCCCCUCCACCUGGCAGUGCAGAGGGGGGCCUUCCUGAGCGUCAUCCACCUCCUGGAGCACCGCGCAGAUGUCCACGCCCGCAACAAGGUGGGCUGGACACCCGCUCACCUGGCCGCUCUGCAGGGCAACACAGCCAUCCUCAAAGUCCUGGUCAAGGCUGGCGCCCAGCUAGACGUCCAGGAUGGAGUGGGCUGCACACCCCUGCAGCUGGCUCUGCGGAGCCAAAACCAGGGGAUGGUGGCUUUCCUGGAGGGCAAGGAGCCCUCGCUGGUCAUUCUGGGUGCAGAGCCAGGAGCUCAAACGGAAGUUUAG